UUUAUCCACUGUAAUUUAUUUUUGAAAUAGAACAAAGCCACAAAUUGCAGAAAUAAUCAAAAGCUUUAAAGGUGAGGUUAAAAAGAUGUUACGACAUGCCGAAGCAUCCAGUGUGGUGGAAUACGCCUACAAUGAUAAAGCCAUUCUCGAGCAGCGGAACAUGUUGACGGAGGAGCUUUAUGGUAAUACAUUCCAGGUCUAUAAGACAGCAGAUCAGUCAACCUUGGGUAAAGUGCUAGAGAUUCAGCCUGAAAAGCGAGAAGCCAUUUUGGAUGAGAUGAAACAGAUCCUUACCCCAAUGGCUCAAAAGUAAGAACAAAUACCCCCCUCCCCACCCCCCAACAA